AUGAGGCUCGCUCGCCGACCGACGACGGCAUGGCUGUGUCUGGGCAGUUGGGCCUCGAUGGCGGGCGCGACGUGUGCGCCGUAUCCGAUCAGUAUUCCGAUUGAGAAUGUGACGCUGGCGAACACGACCGCCCGGGGGUUGUCGAUGACGCUGGGCACGCCGCCGCAGCCGUUGGCGUUUUUGCCGCAAUGGCCGCUGAACGAUACCUUUGUCUUCAACGAUGGGUUCUGCUCCGCCUCGUGGAUCGAAGCCGCCUGUGAGACCUUCCGAGGCGGUCGCUAUGAUCCCUCCAACUCGUCGUCGAUGGCGACGGCGGCAGCCGACUCGUAUCCGAUGAACUCAUCGCCCUAUCCCAACUGCACCUGGUUGACGGACACGUUCGUGCUCAACGAGAACAUCAGCCUGGCGGAGUUCCCCUUUGGCGUCGCCCAGGAGAACUGGGGCGAGCAGGGCUACCACCCGCAGGUCGCCCUCGGCCUGGGCAAGAACUCGAGCGUGCUCAAUGCGCUGUCGAAUGCCGGCAAGCUGGCCUCGCGCUCCUGGGGCAUGUUCUUUGGCCGUGUCGGCGCCGACGCCGAUUCCCAGAUGGACGGCAGUCUUGUUCUGGGCGGCUACGACCGGGCCAAGGUGACGGGCGAUAACUACACCGAGACCCUGUCGGCCGCCAAUCCCUCCUGCUCCACAGAGAUCCUCGUCACCAUCACCAACCUGGAGGUGAAUUUCCCCAACGGCACGGCGGUCAGUCUGUUUGACGGCGCCGAGUCGGAAUCGAUCUCGGCCUGCAUCGUACCAGACUAUCCCGUUCUCAUGACCAUCCCUCUCGAUCCGUAUUUCAGUGUCUUCGAGACAGUCACUGGCGACCCGGAUCUCGGCCGCACCUUGGGCAUCUACUACUACGGCAUGAUCUACGAGAAUGCGUCGCAGGCCUUCACCGGCAAUAUCACCUUCACCUUCAGCUCCGGUCUCUCCAUCACGGUGCCGAACGACCAGCUGGUGGUUCCCAACCUCACCAUCGACCAAGAGACAGGCCUCCUGAAGGCCAACGGCAGCGUGCCGGAGCUGGUGCUCAACUCGAUCCAGGACACCAACGAGGACGACCUGCCGCAGAUAGGCCGUCAGUUUCUGACCAGCGCCUACCUCCUCGUCAACCAGGACACCAACACCUUCACCAUGUGGUCCGCCAAUCCCACCACCGAGGAAGACCUAGUCGCCGUCGACACAGAGAACCUCCCCGUCGCCGACUUUUGCUCAUCCGACUCCCGAACCGUCACGGCCAACGCGACCGCCGCUGCCGAUCGAUCCUCCUCCUCCUCUUCCUCCUCUUCCUCUUCCUCCUCCUCCUCACAAAAGAGUGGCGGCUCUUCCGCCCUUCCCCCAGGCGAGAUUGCCGGAAUCGCCGUCGGUAUCGCGGCGGGGGUUGCCUUCAUCCUCGGCAUGCUAUGGAUGUGGUGGAGGACGAAGAAGAGAAGACAGCAGGGAGAAACGGAUGCAGCUGCCCUAGCUGCCGAAGCCCAGCAUCCCCCGCCGAACAGGCCGUUACCUCCCUAUGAACUCGCCCACAAGGACUACGACCAGACCACCUUCUACACCCAGAACUUGACGGCGCCCAGGGAACUGCCGGCAGGGUAUCCGCUGACCUCGCCGAGGGAGCUGGCGGCAGGGUAUCAGUAUCCUCCUCCAAGUUCACCGAAGGAGUUGCCGGCGAAACACCACCACUCUCACCUUCCAGAACUGGAGUAG